GAAACCGAGUUGCGUUACACGGCAAAUUUUGACAAGUUUGUUUUCAUUCGCCAGUUCACAAGAAAAUCCAAUAAAAAAUGGUUGUGAUUGAGACCGACGUGGAAAUGAAGAACGCAGACAGUCCGCCCGGUUUGGAGGGCGGCGACAGCAAAAGGGACACCGACAUACAGAGCGUGCUGGAGAUACGCGAACAGGCCAGACAAAUCGAAAAGGCCGUGGCCAACAAAGAGAACCGUUUUAUUUUGCGUGUGCUACGCUGUCUGCCCAACACCAGAAGAAAACUGAAUGCCGUGGUUCUGAGGAGUCUGAUAUCGCAAAUUUACCCGGUGUCUGAGAGGGACAGUCUUUUGUGCUUUGUAGAGGAGGCUGUGGCUUCAGAGAUCGACACGCAAACUAGGGCUAGGUCGGCUACUAAGUCACCCGUUCCUGAGGUAGAUUUGUACAUAAACCUGCUUAUUUUGGUGCGCCUUAUUGACACUAACAAGUUGGAAGAGGCGACUCGUUGCUCACAAGCUUUGAUGAGCAAAAUCACCAACCAGAACAGAAGGACGUCCGACCACAUAGCCGCCAAGUGUUAUUUUUACCACUCAAGAGUUGCUGAGCUGACAAACAAAUUGGAAUCCAUCAGGGCCUUCCUGCAUGCCCGCCUGAGAACAGCCACCCUCAGAAACGACUUCGAGGGCCAGGCUGUCCUCAUUAACUGCCUACUGAGAAACUACCUACACUACUCUCUCUACGACCAGGCGGACAAACUAGUGAGCAAAUGCGUGUUCCCAGAAACUGCAAGUAACAAUGAGUGGGCAAGAUUCUUAUACUACCUGGGCCGGAUCAAGUGCGCCCGACUGGAGUACAGCGUGGCACACAAACACCUCGUGCAGGCGAUGAGGAAAGCCCCACAGAACGCCGCCGUCGGUUUCAGACAAACUGUUCAGAAAUUGCUGGUCGUGGUUGAGCUGCUGCUCGGCGACAUACCCGAGCGUCAGAUCUUCAGGCAGGCCAGCAUGAGACAUUCGCUAGGCCCCUAUUUCCAGUUGACACAAGCCGUGCGGAUGGGUAACUUGCAGAGAUUCGGGGAGGUGUUGGAGAAUUUCGGGCCCCAGUUCAGGCAAGACCACACCUUCACCUUAAUCCUUCGCCUCAGACACAAUGUCAUCAAAACGGCCAUCAGGUCCAUUGGGCUGUCUUACUCCAGGAUAUCGCCGCAGGACAUCGCCAAGAAACUGGGUCUGGACUCGGCCGAGGACGCCGAAUUCAUCGUGGCCAAGGCCAUCAGGGAUGGGGUGAUCGAAGCCACUUUGGAUCCUGAGGGUGGUUACAUGAGGAGUAAAGAAAGUACCGACAUUUACUGUACGAAAGAACCUCAAAUGGCGUUCCAUCAGCGCAUCUCGUUUUGUUUGGAUCUGCACAAUCAGAGUGUGAAGGCGAUGAGGUACCCGCCGAAGGCUUAUGGCAAGGAGUUGGAGUCCGCCGAGGAACGUCGAGAAAGGGAACAGCAGGAUUUGGAACUGGCCAAGGAAAUGGCCGAGGAAGAUGAUGACGGCUUUCCUUAGAUUGUUAUUGCUGUGUGAAUAAAUUAAUAUAAACAAUAUUAACAAAAUCGAUUUGUAAUUUUUAGUUAAUACACGUCUUAUUUAAUA